AGGGGCUUUUUGCCCACUUGGAUUUUACACUUCCAACUUAUGAAUUACUGAUGUCUGGCACCUUCAAAAGUAGGUCCCAGGCAAGGCAAAUCAUCAUUUUUAGAAAAUAAUUUGUCAAAAAACUUUUGACUCAACUCGUCUCAAUUGUAUCACCCAUCCCAGUACAUGGUCUCACCCAGUCUUUCUCUAUCUUCUCGUUCUCUCGAUAACUAUCGGUAAAUUUGGUCAGAAAAAUGCCUCUAAAAAUUGCAGUUGUGUGCUCAAGUAAUCAAAACAGGAGUAUGGAAGCCCAUGCCAUAUUGAGCAAGAAAGGCUUCAAUGUGAAGUCGUAUGGAACUGGUGCCACGGUGAAGCUGCCUGGUCCAGCUGCAGACAAGCCCAACAUAUAUGACUUCAAGACAACAUACGAGGAGAUGUAUCAGGAUCUGAAACGCAAGGACCGUGAUUUAUAUACACAGAAUGGUAUUCUACAUAUGUUAGAUAGGAAUAGAAGGAUAAAGCCAAAGCCAGAGAGAUUUCAGAGCACCAAAGAGAAGUUUGAUGUUGUUCUCACUGCGGAAGAAAGAGUUUAUGAUCAAGUGUUGGAAGAUUUCGAAUGCAAGGAGGAAGAAACCCAGAUGCCAGUUCACAUAAUCAACAUUGACAUUCAAGAUAACCACGAGGAGGCCACUAUAGGAGCAUUUAGAAUGAGCAACUUGUGCAUAAAGCUUGAGGGGCUACGAGAUCUUGACAAGGAAAUAGAUGAACUAAUCCAGACAUUUGAAGAUGAACUCAACAUCAGUGUUUUACAUACGCUGUGUUUCUACUGACACUGGUUUUCUUCAGUCUUUAGUCAGGUGCCACAAAGAACUGAAUAACUUACAGGAAUAGACUGUCCAAUUAGGAACUGCUGAUAAGACCUUGUUUUUUCAGUCUUCAGAGGCUAUUCCUCAAAGAAGUACUUACGGGAAAAGACUGCCCUCAGGAGCAUGGUGAGGAAACUUGGGGCUUUCUUCAUUCUUCAGUCAGCUGACACUUGAACUAAAUCCCUUGCAGCAAUGAACUACUAUCAAGAACUGGUGGGAAACCUUGGCUUUCUUCAGUCAGGGGCCAUUUUUCAAAGAAGUAACUCCGUUAUGUGGGCGUGUCUUGGUCUUGUGGUUCUGACACUCACCUUUCAAGCAGAGGGUCUUGGCUUCGAAUCCUAACCAUGGUGUGUUUUCCUUCAACAACAAAUUUUUCCACACUGCUGCACUCGACCGACCCAGGUGAUGUAAAUCGGUACCCGGCAGGAUUAUUUCCUUAAAUGCACUGAGCGCCAGUGAUGGUACAUGUAGCUUGAGCUAAAACCGAAGAAAUAAUAGCAAGCGCUUUGUAUACUCAGGCAAAAAGUGCUAAUUAAAUCCAGCCAUUAUUAUUAUUAUUAUGUUACGGUAAAUGGGGUGCCCAGUCGGGAACUGUUGAUAAUACCUGGUUUAUUUCAGUCUUCAGUCAGCGGCCACUCAAAAAACUAAAUCCCGUGGAUGAUUGGUCUGUCCUCUAGAACGUAGCAAUAUUGCCAUGGUUUUCUUCAGCCUUCCGUCAAAGGCCAUGCCGCAAAGAACUAGAUACCUGACGGGAAUGGACUGUCCAGUCAGGAACUGGUGAGAAAUCCUUGGUUUUUUAUUCAGUCAUAGGACACUCUUAACCCAUUGACUAUGUAUUCUUUAUUUCCGAAUGGACUUUGUACAGAAAUCACCCAGUUCCAGUAGGCAGUGGGUUAAAAGAACAAAUCCCUUUCGGGAAUGACUUUCCUCAGGAACGGGUGAUAACACCUUGGUUUUCUUUAUUCCUCAGUCAGAAGCCAUGCCACAAAAUACUAGAUCCCUUAAAGGAAUGGACUUCUCUGUGGAGAUGGUGAUAAAGCAUUGGUUUUCUUGCAUCAGAGGCCACUCAUUUGUCACAAGAUGCCAUUGAUUUAUAUAUUGGAAUGGAAUGUUGGAUAUCUGUAACCUCAAUCUUAGUCUUAAAUGAUCUCACUCCAUUCAUUAGAUAUUGUACUAUCAUGGUAUCAGAAAUUAAGUUCAAUCCCACACUUACUAAACCUUCCAAAAUUGCAUUUUAUAAGCAUUCUGUAAACUUUGUGGGACUCUUCAUGGUAACAAUGAUAGUGUAAUCUUGUGAUAAUUUGCUUCAACAUUUAUUUGACUUGCAGAAGGCCAAGUUGGUUACUUUAUUCUGUAUGAAUUAUGAUUCCUCGACCAAAAAUACUCUUUUUUAAACAAAAUGUUUUUUGUACUUCACAAGCAAAUGGCAUAUUGUUAAUAAGCUAUAACUGAUAUUCUCUUUGAAAAUCAUGAAAAAAAAUUGGGGGGCAUUUGGACUGUUCAGAAUGACAACAAUUCAUUCUCUUAUCUGCAGCAACCCCUUGUUUAAUGAAUUGGCUUUAUGAAUAAUCACUGUUUUCUUGCACAGCCAAAUACUUAGAAACCUUACCUUACCGCUGUUCCUUCUCUUUGAAGAGGUUGGAUGUCAUGGUUUUCCAUCUGUCUCUGUCCAGUGCUAUCUUGCAGCAUUUGUUUCAUAUCCCAGAAAAGGACCAUAAAUUUUAUGGUCCUUUUCAGGGAUAUGUUUAUCAUGUAUGCUGUUUUUCAUGAAUUUGAAUACAAUUUUGUGAAUUAUUGACAAUCAAUAUACAAGUAAAGCAAUAUAAUAGUCAUGGCUAUCACUGGAGUGCAGACUUUGAUGAAACUACUCUUUUAGAAUUCUGUCCGUAAUUUUUUCUUUGUUUGUAUUUACAUUUUGUAGGCCAAGGUAUAUGAAUAUACCUCUGUAUUUUGUUCUUUGUAAUAAAUCAUGC